GCCGAUUACCGCAGACUCAACAGACAGGCCUCCCGAAGGUGGAAUGACGAAGGUCCCGCUGUUAGAAGACAUUUUGCCUUUUGCAAAGCUUUAUAUAGGCGCAGCCAAAGGAGUGGUGAGCAUAGUUCUCACAUAUUGUGUAUUACUACUUAUAUUGUUCACUAAAAGUCGUUUUCUCGUUGAAUGUUACAGCCACGGCCAUCGUAACAUUGUACCAGACAUUAAGACGUGUGAGGAAGUAUUGGCAUUCACAGAAUAUGACUCCAUUCGGCUUUUGUCCCAGUUGGUACUUGAAACCGUACAGGCAGAACUGGUUUCAUUCGCUCCGGUAGCUGAAGCUCGAGUUGAUGCUUCGCCUUUUUAUUCAGUCGGUUUCUGUAACGUGCUUCAGACAAUAGAUAAGGCCCAACACUCUCGACCGGCAGGCAAGGCCAAGUUGCAUUUUACGGCUACAACUGCUCCAACCUCCAUCUGA